AUGACGACCACUCUUACUUCUAGUGCUGCCAGCCAGGCCGGCGAGUCCAAGAAGAGCGACCCUGACGGUAGCGACAUCACCAAGACUGAGGCCACAGAGCCUGAGGACAAGACCGAGGCUGAUCGCCUCACCUCUACUGUCAAGAACAACCUAGAGCGCGUCAAGCAUCGGGAGGGAGAGUUCACGGAGCACCACAAAGAGAACCCCAAGAAGGGCUCUCAUGAUCCCAAGUCCGGCCCUCUUGACCUCCCCAAUGACAACAGCGUCCACGUCUCCGAGCAGGGUCAGAUGCCAAAUUUGACUCACUGCCACCAGUACGAUGACAAUGCGCAGGCAUUUGCGGAGUGGAAGGGCUCGUCCCAGCCAUCCUGCCCAAAGUGGGAUUCGCCUCCAUACAUUCGAGGCGGCCCUUCGAGAACUUCUGGCUCCGACGACAGAAAUAACCCAUUCGACCCGACUGCCAGCACCGAGCGCUCGUGUGGUCAGGGCCCCAAUGUGCCUCCUUACGCCUAG